AUGACAAGCGUAGAUGAGCUUUUCAAGAAACCGCUAGCGGCUGCGAGCGCGAAGCGGAAAUUAGACAUUGCAAAAGAUCCGAACGAAUUAUACAAAGCUGCCAAACUUGACGCGAACGGCGAUGUGAAAUCGAAAGGGAAGGCGCCAAUGGUAGAAGAUGAAGAGGAGGAUGACGGCGAGGCCGGCCCCGAGCUCCCGCCCGAUUUCGAAACCGAAGAUAUCCCCGACGACGAGGAAGGCCGCUUUUUCGGUGGAGGGAUGGAACGGGAAACGGCGCAGGCCAUGAACUACAUCGAUGAGCAAGAUCAAGACCAGGGCGAGGUCGUGAACGAGAAAUUCGAUGUCGCAUGGCUCAGGCGCUUUGCGCUGAAUUUUGAGAAGAAAAUAUCCAAGAAUGCGGAGUUGCGCGGGAAAUUCGAAAACGAUCCUCAGAAAUUCAUGGCGUCCGAGGCUGAUCUAGAUGCGGAGAUCAAGAGUCUGUCCAUUCUCUCAGAGCAUACAGAUCUAUUCCCCGAAUUCACUAAGCUGGGAUGUGUUGGCUCUCUGGUAUCCCUUCUUUCUCACGAAAACGCCGACAUCGCCAUUGACGCCAUCCAAAUCAUUAGUGAGUUGACCGAUGAAGAUGUGGAAGCGGAACAGGAGCAAUGGGACACCUUGGUCAAUGCAAUGUUGGAUGCCGAUCUUAUCGAACUGCUGGCCCAGAACUUGUCGCGUUUGAAUGAAGACGAAGAAGCCGACAGGGCUGGAGUGUACUAUAUCCUUAGCGUGCUUGAAAAUCUUGCUUCCCAAGCACCUAUUGCAGAGAAGAUCGGUCAAGAUUCAAAUACAAUGCCCUGGCUUCUCUCACGGAUACAAAAGAAAGAGAGGCCCGUGAGUCAGAACCAGCAAUACUCGGCCGAGAUUUUAGCUAUCCUGUUACAGUCAGGCCACAAAAAUAGAGAGCGGUUCAUCGGGCUUGACGGAGUAGAUGCUCUACUUCAACUAUUAAGUCAGUACCGAAAGCGCGACCCGGAGAAGGACUCAGACGAAGAAGAAUACGCUGAGAAUCUGUUUGAUUGUCUGGUCUGUCUUGUGGAUGAAGACGCGGGGAAAGAGAAAUUCCUGGAAGCAGAAGGCAUUGAGCUUGCACAAAUCAUGCUGAAGGAAGGGAAGUUUAGCAAAUUACGCGCCAUCCGAACUCUGGAUCAUGCUUUGGGUGGGCUUGGAGGUGCAGCGUCUUGUGAGCGGCUGGUCGAAGUGGCUGGCUUGAGAACUAUAUUUGGCAUGUUCAUGCGAAAGCAAGAAAAUAAGAUUAUAGAGCACCUCCUUGGCAUCUUUGGAUCCUUACUGCGGCUGCUGCCAGGGGGCUCUGCACCGCGAAUUCGAGCGUUGGCCAAGUUCAUGGAAAAAGACUACGAGAAGAUUGAGAAGCUGGUCAAACUGAGGCGCGACUAUGCCUCAAGGGUGUCGCCGGUCGAACAAAUAAUCGAGAAAGAGCGAACACAAUUCACAAAAGACGAACAAGAGGUCAUGGAAGGGGAGUGGCUCUCACGGAGAUUCGAUGCUGGUCUCUUUUCUUUGCAGCUCAUCGACGUUAUUUUAGCAUGGCUUGUGGCGGAAGAUGAUGGGGCGAAGAAGAAGAUUAUCUCGAUCUUCUCAGAUCGAGAUGAGGAUUUGUCGCUUAUUCAAAGCACACUCCAAGAGCAAAUCGAGGGCCUUUCAGAUGAUGAGCCAGGGCAGAAGGACCACAAGGAGAUGCUGCAAACUUUGCUGCAAUUUUUGUAA